CGGCGUUGCUAGCAGGCAGAAACCUCUUGCAAAGAUGGGGAAAGUGAGGGCGCUGCGGGCUCGUGUGCACCGGGCAGCCGUGAGGCCCGACAGGGAGGCUACACCCAGCGCUGUACCCCGCGCCUUGGAGCCGGCCCUACCACAAGCCUCGGCGGGCGGAGCGGGGUCGAAGGACUGGGCAUUUGUUCACAAUGACAUCUUCGCCAGGACCCAGAUAGACCCUAGUGCUUUGGUGCAGAGGCUGGAGCUGGACCAGAAGAGUGUGGUGUCCCUAAAGAGAGGUGCAGAGCCAAAGGCCAUUGUGCCUAAGAAGGAAAAGCUGAAGCUUCGCCGUGAGCGAUGGCUACAGAAAAUUGAAGCCAUAAAGCUGGCAGAUCAGAAGCUCAGGGAGGAACGGAGGCGCAGGGCCACGGUGGUGGUAGGUGACCUGCACCCCCUGAGAGAUGCCCUACCUGAGCUGCAGGAGCUGGAGGCCGGCCGCCAGCAGCAGCAACCCCGACGCAGGGGGACCAGCAAGCCCAGGCCAGUGGAGCUUAGCCGGAUGAGCACAGCCCAGAGACAGCAGCUUCUUGAGGAAGAGAGGACCCGGUUUCAGAAGCUGCUGGCCAGCCCAGCCUACAGAGCCAGUCCCCUGCUGGCUAUCGGGCAGCAGCUGGCACACCAGAUGCAGCUGGAAGGUGGCAAACAGCUCUGACCCAGGACAGUGGGUGCUGUGAGAUCCAGAAGACUCAGUGUGGGUGGAGGCCACAGCUCUGGAAUCCUGCCCUGUAACUGCACGGCCACCUAGCCGGUCUUGAAACCUCGGGCAGGGGAAGGAGGAGCUACCGCUGAGGACAAAUAAAACGACUUAUGGACUACGCUGGAGCCCAUCUGUGGCUUCACUUCCACUUAGAGCCAGCCACUCCUGCAUUUCCAAGGCUCAGCUGACCCUGGGAUGGCUGUCCUGGUUCUCUGCAGAACAAGCCCAGGGUCCCCAGCUAGGGGCCAGAGUUGGGGUGGUUGCUCUUGUAGGGAUCACAAGGGCUACACAAGUGUGAAACUAGAGGCCUGGCAAGGAGCUCGAUUCCGAAAGUCCCUGAGGCCUUAGCACUCCUUCCCAGCUCCGACUGGGGUCCUGGUCACAGCAGGGCACUCUGCCGGCCACUGUGCUUCUCACACCAUUGCUUUCCACCAAGCCACAGCUCAGGGCUCGGAGCUCUCGGCCCAGGCUACUCACUUACUUGUCCUGCUACAGUCAGAGAAGCAGGAGGCAGGACAGCCCUGGCCCAGUAGUCUCUUGGCUGGAUGGCAAGAUUGACCUGUGUCAGACACUAGUGGGUUCUCCGGGUGAGGGCAGUACCCACGGGACUCACAGCUCACACUGACACAUGUCCCACUUUGCAUCUGGGAUGUGCUUAUGGUACUGCUUACCCCCAAAGGUGCUCCCUAGCCUUUUACAGGGGCCCAUAGCUCCCCAGCCCCUGUGAGUGGGGACAGGGCAGAACAGGUGAGGCUCCCGGGAUUGGUAUGGACACCUAGGGCACUUGGUGAAUGAAAGUGGGUAAGACCGAAUAGGCCUAAACUGCAUGAAGCAGAGGCAGGCAGAUCUCUUGAGUUCAAGACCAGCCUGGUCUACAGAGCAAGUUCCAGGACAGCCAGGGCUACACAGAGAAACCCUGUCUCGCAAAAAAAAAACAAAAAAAAAAAACCAAACACACACACAAACAGAUAAAUAAAAUAAUAAUAAAAAGCAAA